UUGUCUGUCGCGGGAGGUCGAAGGCAGCGCGACGGUCCCCCAAUAGAGCCGCCUGCGAGGAAAGCCAAACAGCGCUCUUAAAAAUGCCAGCCAUCAGAACCUUAAGCCGAGCUGUCAGGCAGGUGUUGCAGAAACCUGGCUGUGGCUGUCAGGUUGCUGUUGUGCCGGUUAGGUGUCUUGGUUUCUCACCCCGGCAGGUAAAUUCAGACGCCAGCUUCCAUUCGGUAUCUUUCUCGGAAACUGACCAUCCACGGGUGUUAAUUACAGGGGGACUAGGCCAGCUUGGAGUAGGACUCGCUAAACUCUUGAGGAAACGCUUUGGAAAGAACAAUGUCAUCCUUUCCGAUAUUAGAAAGCCCCCCGAUAAUGUUUUCCAUAGUGGCCCUUUCAUCUAUUCUGACAUCUUGGACUACAAGAAUCUUCGUGAGAUUGUGGUGAACAACCGGAUUACGUGGCUGUUCCAUUACAGCGCUUUGCUCAGUGCUGUUGGAGAAGCCAACGUCCCCUUGGCAAGAUCUGUGAAUAUCACUGGAUUACACAACAUUCUUGAUAUUGCUGCUGAGCACAGCCUGCGGCUUUUUGUCCCGAGCACAAUUGGAGCUUUCGGACCCACCUCUCCUAGGAACCCAACUCCUGACCUCUGCAUCCAAAGGCCAAGGACAAUCUACGGUGUCUCUAAGGUUCAUGCUGAGCUCAUGGGAGAGUAUUACCAUUACAGGUAUGGGCUAGACUUCCGGUGCCUGAGGUACCCUGGCAUUAUCUCAGCUGAUUCCCAGCCUGGUGGCGGAACAACUGACUAUGCUGUCCAAAUCUUCCAUGAUGCUAUAAAGACCGGCAAGUUCAAGUGCAACCUUAAACCGGACACCCGUCUCCCGAUGAUGUAUAUUGAUGAUUGCCUGAGAGCUACCUUGGAGGUCAUGGAAGCGCCUGCCAAGCAGCUGAGUAUGAGAACUUACAACAUCAGUGCAAUGAGUUUUACUCCUGAGGAGCUUGUUCAGGAGGUCCAGAAGCAUAUUCCCGAGCUUGAAGUUGACUACAAUGUGGAUGCUGUCAGGCAAGCCAUUGCCGACAGUUGGCCAAUGAUCUUUGAUGAUAGCAACGCUCGCCAGGACUGGGCGUGGAAACACGACUAUGAUCUGCCGGACCUGGUGAACACAAUGAUCAACUUCCUUGGCUCUGUCCGCUCCAUUUCCAGGGUUGCCCAGCUCAACUGACUCUCCUCCCCUGGUGAUUAGCCAUGACAGGACCUGGGCAAAACCACUGAAAGUUCUCCGUCAGCUUCUGAGUCUUGAAACAUUACAGCAUUUUGGGAUGCUGUCUGCAAGAGACCUGGGGAGCCUUCUCGGUCUCUCAUUUCACCUUGAUUCCUGUUUGACAAAUUAGCCGAAUGCAAUCACACACACACACACACCUGUAUACGCUGAGAAUAAGUUUAAAGGCACUCCUGGAUGUUGUCUAGCUACUGGGCCUUUCAGGAAGCCUCAAUUCUUUCACAUGCUGCAUUGCAACUUGUUUCCCUCAGACUCCAGUCAUUCAUAUGGGGCACCAUCUAUUACUACUUGGUGUCUCUGCCAUGUCACAAGGUUUUAGCCCUCUACUGGAUGUUACCAAGGGGAGAGCUACAUGUGGGAACCUCUGAAUUUCAGAAAUAGAAGAUCUGGGGGAGGGUGGGGUAAGGGGAGAAUCUAUGGGGGGCGGGGGGGAGAGAAGGGCCGUUUCUUAACCCUUCUUCCACCCACCAUUUCUCCCUUGACAAAAUGUCCAUGGCCCUGCAUUAGCAUUUGAGAGACAUUGCAAACACUGUAUUUCUAUUGUGACCUCAUUCCAUCAAAUAAAAUUCUCUCACAAUUCCUACUCUUGCAUAUUCCUGGAAACAGAAGAAAGUGCAUCCUUCCAGUUUGAUGCACAACUCCCCCAACCCCCCCCCCCCCAAAGUCAAGAAUUAAAUCUUCAGGCUGUCUUUCUAGUAAUCUGUCUGUCCUCUGGGGCCCUCCCAAUGUGGUUCAUGCCAUCGAAACAUACCUUUCAAAAAAAUAAAAUCUGGAUAUUUUCAGCCA